AUGCGCUCGCGAUCUGCGCUGGCCUUGGGUCUGUCUCUCGCUUCCAUCACUUCCGCUCGCGUUGCCAAUGCCCCGGCUGAAGUCCAACGCCGCAAUGCCGAAUCGCAAUACGAGAAAUCUGUCUGGAACCUCUAUGGCCUACUCAGGAGAUUCGAGAAGAAAGCUGCCUUGGCGACCUGCUAUCAAGACGAUUUCUACUAUGCCGUGUUCAACAGCUCUUUUGGGGCGGAGCUUUGUGCCGAGAUCAUGGGCUAUCCGAAUACGACUGUGACGGUCGAGUAUACCCCUGUGAGCAACGUGUACUACACCUACACCACGCAAUACAUUGGCACCAGAACUGUGGUCACGACUGUUCCCGCCUCGACUGAGACAGUCACCGCCUCUCCAAUCGUUCAGCGAGCUGCAGCGUCCGAGAUUACAGCAGCUCCACUGGCCCGCGAUGUCGCAGGUACAGUCACGACGACUGUGGGCGCUUCAAGUGCCGCCACCUCGGAUAUGGUGUCGGAGGAAUUGCCCAGCACGACCAAUUCCGGCCCUGGCCCUGCUCCCACCGCCCCAGGCUUCCAGUGCCCUGAAGACAACAACUCGACCGUCAGUCAGCUUGUUGGUCCGGAAAGAUACGACUAUUUGGUCAUGUGCGAUACCGAUAUUUCCGACGAUGACUUUUACAACACUCUCAGCUACGACUCCUACUCUCAAUGUGCUGCUGCUUGUUCUGUGGCCAACCAACGAUUCGAUCUGCCUGUCUGCCAGGGUUUCUCUUACUAUGCCACCUCCAAUUCUGCGGGAUUCAACUGCUUUCUGAAGGGUUCUGCAGAAACCACUGUCGCCGCUGUUGGC